GCAAAAUACAGAGGGAAAGGAAAGCGGGGAGUUGGGGUCUAGGGUUUUCUUUUCUCCUUCUGAUGCCCGAAAUUCUCGUCUUCUUCCAAUCUUUGAGGUCUCUCUCAUGACUCAUAAACGCUCCUCUAAUUAAAACCCCUACUGCUUAUUUAAGCUCUGUACAGAUUGUUGUGGCAAAUUGAAAGCUGGGAUUCUUGGUGGAACUUUUGUGGCAUCUUAUUGUUCAGGAAUUGAAUCGGUGGAAGAUUUCAGAUGCCGGAGGAAGACCUAGUGGAGCUGAAGUUCCGUCUCUAUGAUGGAUCGGAUAUCGGGCCCUUCCGCUAUUCGCCGGCAUCAACUGUAGCCAUGCUCAAGGAGAGAAUUGUUGCAGAAUGGCCAAAAGAUAAGAAAAUUGUGCCAAAGGCAGCAAAUGACGUAAAAUUGAUAAAUGCUGGGAAAAUUUUGGAAAACAACAAAACAGUUGGCCAAUGUAAAGUUCCUUUCGGUGAUCUACCCAGAGGAGUUAUCACCAUGCAUGUUGUGGUCCAGCCAUCUCUGGCAAAAGCAAAAACAGAGAAAAAGGUUGAUGAAGCUCCUAAAAAACCUAUAUGUUCAUGUUCGAUAAUGUGAUUACUGAUUACUGAGAAUACAAUGGUCGUCCAGAGUUAAUCUGCCGAGAUUGCCUCAGAGUUGCGGUUGGUGGGAUCUCUCAGGGGGCAAGGUCAUGGAAAUGCGUAGCUGGAAAGACAAUAAUAUGUAGAAUAGUCCCAACCCUCAUUGUUAGAUGUUCGUCGGAGGCCAUUCCUGUGUAACAAUGCUUGUCUGUCUUGAUUUUCCUUUUGUUUUAUAAAAUUGGUGUUUGAUGUAUCUUGGAAGAGGCAAUCUUAUUUUUAGUUUACAUAAUAUAUGGCAGUUGCUCCCCC